AUGCCCGUUUUUUUUCAAGAGACACGGAUGUUGGGCUCUGGCAGUUUCGGAGCAGUGUUCCUGUGCCGCCAUGUCUUAGACGACAUGAUGCUUGGGGACUAUGCUGUUAAGAAGGUGCCUGUGGGCGACAACAAGGUUUGGCUCCGCGACAUGGUUCGAGAGGUGAAGACAUUUGAACGUUUACAUCAUCCCAACAUUGUAGAGUACAAGCACUCUUGGUUGGAGCUGUCGCGGAGGUCUGAGUUUUGUCCCUUCGUGCCCUUUCUUUUCAUCCUGAUGCAAUACUGCAACGGGGGCUCCUUAGCCGAAAUCAUAUGGCAUGACGGCAACCUUGCCACGCCCAAAGAGCCUCUCUCAACAGAGCAAACCUGGCAUUUUCUGCUGGAUAUUUUGCUUGGCCUGCAGCAUUUGCACAGGCAAGGCAUCCUCCACCGUGACUUGAAGCCGACCAACAUUCUGCUCUCGUGGCCAGAGGAGAAUAGCCGGCGGACCCAAAGUCCAAGGGCUUUGCUUAGUGACUUCGGCACGGCCCAAGCCUUCGGUGAGCCACCCGCCAGUGCUACAGCCGCUGCAUCUCGGGGGUACACUGGCACGGUGGAGUACACUGCUCCGGAGCUCCUGUUUAGAGAAGAUGAGCAGGAACGUGAGUAUUCAGAAAAGAGCGACAUGUGGUCCCUUGGCAUGGUUCUCUAUGCCAUGUGCUUCGCAUCCUUGCCUUUCUUUCAUGACGACCCUCAUGUGCUCAAAGGCCUCAUCAAGGCCUUUGUCGAAGAGAAGCGGAGUGCUAGCCGCGCCGAGGCUGCUACACCAAGCGCAGAGGAGGACGCUUCCAGUUGGCUUCCCUUUGACGCUGGGGGUCGCAUUGGACCCUUGCGCUUGGUCCUUGCAGCCUUGUUGGCACUGGACGCACAUCGUCGCCCGGCCACCACAGAUCUCCUGGAAAACCCAGUCUUCAGGCGGCAAGCCAGGAGAUAUCUCCGCAAGCAAGAAGACAAGAGCACUGCUUUGCCCAUUGACUCCUCAUUCAACUGCUUCGAUUGA